UUUCUUGACAUGCAGCUCGGCCGCCACUCUGCCCGCGCGACCCGCGCGCUGCGCCGCCACUUCAGCGAUGGCCGCCCGGCCGUGACCUUCGAGGACAUCUCGACGGCCAUGUACCGCGUGCGCGAUGGCAUCCACCACACGUCGUGCAACUACUCGGCCUUUCUCUCCAAGCGCAUGGGCUACGAGCUCUUCCUCAAGAAGGACUACCGCCAGAUGACGGGCUCGUUCAAGGAGCGUGGCGCGCGCAACGCGCUCAUGCUGCUUUCCGACGAGCAGAAGGCGCGCGGCGUCAUCGCGGCCUCGGCCGGCAACCACGCGCUCGCGCUCGCGUACCAUGGCAAGCUGCUCAACAUUCCCGUGACGUGCGUCAUGCCCACGAUCGCGCCGCUCGCCAAGAUCAAGGGCUGCCAGGAGCUCGGCGCGCGCGUGAUCCUCCAGGGCGCGCACAUCCUCGAGGCCAAGACGCACGCCGACACGUUCGUCGACGCCGAGGGCCUCACGUACAUCAACGGCUUUGACCACCCGAAUAUCAUUGCCGGCGCCGGCACCAUGGGCAUCGAGAUCCUCAACCAAGUGCCCAAGGUCGACGCGAUCAUUGUGCCGGUCGGCGGCGGCGGCCUCAUCGCCGGCAUUGCGCUCGCGGUCAAGACGCUCAACCCGGCCAUCAAGGUCAUUGGCGUCGAGCCCGAAAACUGCGCGAGCUUCACGGCGGCGCUCGCGGCCGGCAAGCCCGUGAGCACGCCGACGCUGCCGACGCUGGCGGACGGUCUCGCCGUGCCUCAGGUCGGCGACAAUGCGUUCGCGAUCGGCGCCGGCCUCAUCGACGAGAUGGUGACGGUCUCGGAGAAGGCGAUCGCGCUGAGCGUGCUCCGCCUCUGCGAGCUCGAAAAGGUCGUCGUCGAGGGCGGCGGUGCGGCCGGUCUCGCGGCGCUCAUCGACGACAAGCUGCCGUACCUCAAGGGCAAGCGCAUCGUGAUGCCGCUCUGCGGCGGCAACAUCGACACGAGCGUGCUCGGCCGCGUCAUCGAGCGCGGUAUGGCCGCCGACGGCCGCCUCGUGCGCUUCGUCGCCACGGUCAGCGACCGCCCGGGCGGCGUCGCGCAGCUCGUGACGCUCCUCUCGGACGUCGGCGUCAGCGUCAAGGACAUUUACCACGAGCGCGCGUGGCUCCACUCGAGCGUGUCGCUCGUCCAGGUCAAGUGCGUCGUCGAGACGACGUCGCUCGAGCACGGUAUGGAGCUCAAGCAGAAGCUCGAAGAGGCCGGGUACCCGCUGCUGUGGGGCAGCCAGGCCACCAAGAUGGGCGAGUAAGACGACCGACCAUAUAAGAUACCAUUCCACUGCAGUG